UUUUGAGUCAAAAAAAAUUCUUCUCGAAUCACUAAAAAAAAUUUCAUUCAAAUAAAAUUCACCAUGUCUUCAUCAAGUGAACAAACUGAAAAUUUUGAUGAUAAACUUCGAAAACGAUCAACAAUGAAAUUGGAUCAAAACCAAAAUCCAUUAAAUAAUAAUAAUAAUGGUGAAUCGAUGAUGAAUAUUUUAGAUGAUAAUAAUGAAAAUGGUUUUGUUAAUAUCGAUGAUGAUGAUGAUAAUUUGGCCAAAAGCCAACCAUCAAAGUUGAAAAAUGAAGAUUCUGUACGAAAAUUUAAUGAAUCAAUACAGGCAUUAAAUCUAUGGAUCUGGCAAUGUCAAACAUGGACUUAUUUUCAUGGAGCAUAUCAAACUCGUAUUCAACAACAACUACAACCACAACAACCACAGAAUAAUAUACAGCAGUCGGGAAUAGCAACCGAUUCUGGCAAUCAACAACAACAACAACAACAAUCAACAAAUAUGAAUCGGGGUCCGGUUAUGGUUGUAAAACUUUCAUCAAUUCGUAAACGUUUAUUGGCCAGUAUGAUUGAUUAUUUUUUCAUUCUAUUUUUAUUCGAUCAAUUUCGUAUGCUUAUUGCUGAAUUAUUUGAUUAUGAUAUUCCAUUUACAACAAUGGAUUUUAAAGAAUUGGAAACAUUUUUCCCUGAAGAUGAUGAUAAUUUAGAAGAUUUAUUACCAAAAAUUUUUUGGAUUUAUAUAAAAAAUAUACAAUAUUCAACAAUGUUUUAUUUAUUUGUAUUAAUAUAUGAGACAUUAUUCCUAUUUGGUUGGCCAAAUCGUACAUAUCCAGGUGCAACAAUAGGUAAACGUAUUAUGGGUUUAAGAGUUGUUAGUUGUGAUUAUUUGGAAUCAAUUUCAAUGGCAACACCAAAUAUUGUUCGUAUUAUGCCGGCAGGUAAUAUUACACUUGUCAAAUCAUUCUUUCGAACAUUGGUAAAAUUAAUGCCAAUCAAUAAUACCAUUCAAUGUUUUUAUAUAUUAACAUCACGUUAUAAUCGAUCAUAUUUUGAUCAACGAAUUGGUUUAAUAGUGAUUGAUAUGUCACCAUCAGCAAUGUUGCAAGUUCAAGCAAUUAUGGCCAAUGCAACUACCAGUAAUACAUUGCAAAAUCAACAACAACAACCACCGCAACAGCAGCCGCAACCAAAUUGGAAUCGUGGAUUUUUGUAACAACGAAAGUGAGGCAAAAACAUUGAUGAAGAACUGGAACAACGUCAACGUCAUUCUCUUUCAAUAAUACUUUUUUGUUUUUUUUUUGUUUCUCUCUUAUUAAAUUUACCCUAUUGUUACAAGGAUUCUUUUCAUUCAUUUUCUCUUUUCUUGAUAAUAAAAAAAACAACAAAUUCUUGA